AAACACAACUGAUUUUUGUAUAUUGUUUUGUAUCCUGCAACUUUACGGAACUCAUCAAAGACUUUAGUAUCAAGACUACAAUAUUUUGAGAGGAAAUUACUGAUAUCUCCCAUUAAAAAAAGUACUUUUCAGAUAUUUCAGUCAAAGGAAGAAAUAGCUCUUCUCCUAAGAUGGAAUCUGUUGUUUGGGAAUGUGGUUGAUCAACUUGAUAUGUUGGCCAAAUGUGCCCUAUGUAAUAAAAUGAAAAGAAGAGACAAGAUGAUGUCAUUUUCCCAUAUUGUGAAACCAAAAACAAAUGCCUUUUGUGAGACCAAGCUAACAAACCUCUGACGGUGCAAAGAGUAUUUAACUGUUUGAAGAACUUAACAGUAAGAUAUAGAAGAAAUACUUUCAAGCUGAGACCUGCAGGUGUAUAAAGAUCUAAAAUACAUAUUGAGUAGGCCUGAUCAUCCAAAUCUCAUUCAGAUCCAGGAAGGAUGGCUGUGGGUUGGAUCGUCUUCUACUUUUGGCCGUUGACUAUGUUUGUGGGACAUACAGGUGGGCACAGUUUGUUUUCUUGUGAACCCAUUACCUUGAGGAUGUGCCAAGAUUUGCCUUAUAAUACUACCUUCAUGCCUAAUCUUCUGAAUCACUAUGACCAACAGACAGCAGCUUUAGCAAUGGAGCCGUUCCACCCAAUGGUGAAUCUGGAUUGUUCUCGGGAUUUUCGGCCAUUUCUUUGUGCACUCUAUGCUCCUAUUUGUAUGGAAUAUGGACGUGUCACACUUCCCUGUCGUAGGCUGUGUCAGCGGGCUUACAGUGAGUGUUCGGAGCUCAUGGAGAUGUUUGGUGUUCCUUGGCCUGAAGAUAUGGAAUGCAGUAGGUUCCCAGAUUGUGAUGAGCCAUAUCCUCGACUUGUGGAUCUGAAUUUAGCUGGUGAUCCUACUGAAGGAGCUCCAGUGGCAGUGCAGAGGGACUAUGGUUUUUGGUGUCCUCGAGAGUUGAAAAUUGAUCCUGAUCUUGGUUAUUCUUUUUUACACGUGCGUGAUUGUUCACCUCCUUGUCCAAAUAUGUACUUUAGGAGAGAAGAACUUUCAUUUGCUCGAUACUUCAUAGGAUUGAUUUCAAUCAUUUGCCUCUCUGCCACGUUGUUUACUUUUUUAACUUUUUUAAUUGAUGUCACAAGAUUCCGUUAUCCUGAAAGACCUAUUAUAUUUUAUGCUGUCUGCUACAUGAUGGUAUCAUUAAUUUUCUUCAUUGGGUUUUUGCUUGAAGACCGAGUAGCCUGCAAUGCAUCUAGCCCUGCACAGUAUAAGGCUUCCACAGUGACACAAGGAUCUCAUAAUAAAGCCUGUACCAUGCUUUUUAUGGUACUCUAUUUUUUUACUAUGGCUGGCAGUGUUUGGUGGGUAAUUCUUACCAUCACAUGGUUCUUGGCAGCUGUGCCAAAGUGGGGUAGUGAAGCUAUUGAGAAGAAAGCAUUGCUAUUUCACGCCAGUGCAUGGGGCAUCCCUGGAACUCUAACUAUCAUCCUUUUAGCGAUGAAUAAAAUUGAAGGUGACAAUAUCAGUGGCGUGUGUUUUGUUGGCCUCUACGAUGUUGAUGCAUUGAGAUAUUUUGUUCUUGCUCCCCUCUGCCUGUAUGUGGUAGUUGGAGUUUCUCUCCUCUUAGCUGGCAUUAUAUCCCUAAACAGAGUUCGAAUUGAAAUUCCAUUAGAAAAGGAGAACCAAGAUAAGUUGGUGAAGUUUAUGAUCCGGAUUGGUGUUUUCAGCAUUCUUUAUCUCGUACCACUCUUGGUUGUAAUUGGAUGCUACUUUUAUGAACAAGCUUACCGUGGCAUCUGGGAAACAACAUGGAUACAAGAACGCUGCAGAGAAUAUCACAUUCCAUGUCCAUAUCAGGUUACUCAAAUGAGUCGUCCAGACCUGAUUCUCUUUCUGAUGAAAUACCUGAUGGCUCUCAUAGUUGGUAUUCCCUCCAUUUUUUGGGUUGGAAGCAAAAAGACAUGCUUUGAAUGGGCCAGUUUUUUUCAUGGUCAUAGGAAAAAAGAGAUAGUGAAUGAGAGCCGACAGGUACUACAGGAACCUGAUUUUGCUCAGUCUCUUCUGAGGGAUCCAAAUACUCCUAUUAUAAGAAAAUCAAGAGGAACUUCCACUCAAGGAACAUCCACACAUGCUUCUUCAACUCAGCUUGCUAUGGUGGAUGAUCAGAGAAGCAAAGCAGGGAGUGUCCACAGCAAAGUAAGCAGCUACCACGGCAGUCUCCACAGAUCCCGUGAUGGCAGGUACACUCCCUGCAGUUACAGAGGAAUGGAAGAGAGACUACCUCACGGCAGCAUGUCACGACUGACGGAUCACUCGAGGCACAGUAGCUCUCACCGGCUCAAUGAACAGUCCCGACAUAGCAGCAUCAGAGACCUCAGUAAUAAUCCCAUGACUCACAUCACCCACGGUACCAGCAUGAAUCGGGUUAUUGAAGAAGAUGGAACCAGUGCUUAAAUUGUCCGAAGGUGGAAAACUUGCGCUAUUUAAAAAGCAGACUUUAUUCUUUGC